AUGGCGGCGUCUGUUUAUAUUGGGCCUCGUUUCGCGUUGGAAGAAGCGAGCGGGCCUGGCCGUUCGGUGCCUUGGAAGCUGCCUGUCGCUGCGUAUCCCCGGCUGGGCGAGGAGGCGGAAGGAGGCGGCGGCGGCGGGGUGGCGAGUUCUCUGGGGCUGAGGCAGGAGGAACCGUUUGGGAGAGGGUCGUGUGGGGGCCCCUGAGCGCGGCAGGGCCAAGGCUGCUCCCUCCCGGGCUGCCUUCCUCUCCGAGGUCGAUGGCAGCGCUCCUGGCCCCGCGUCCUCCUCUCUCCUCAGGCUGCCCAGGAGCGCCGGGCGGAGGCUGAUCCUCUCGCCGCCUUCCCCUCGAGUGUCUUCCUGGGACGAGCAUGAGAAGAUGAACCAGAAAGACACUUUCGUGCACCUGUUUGCUGGAGGGUAGGUGGGAAUUGUCACUGGCCUUUUGCCCUUCUCCUCCUCCCCCCCUCUUUUUCUCUCCCUCGUUCCCUUUCUAUCGUUUCUUCACAACUCAUACCUUCUCCCUCAGCAUCCAAGUGCUGAGGGAAAACGAAACUUAUUUGGUUGGGGUGACUGAGGAAAUGUUAGUUCUUCUGCCUAGAAUGUGCAGAACGGGAUAGAGGAGACUCGUCUCGGGCGCCGGGAGACAGAACUGCUAUUUUAUUGGGUUGAUUUUGGCCUGCUUGUUUAGAUAAUCUUUAUGCAUCACCAGUGGCGACUAAGUCAGCAUUUCUAAUAAAUAGUUACAAGUGGGACUUGCAGGAAAAUGUUGUCAGGUAUCUCCAGAAUACAGUCCUCUAUAGUGUUGGGAAGGGAGUGUUUUGGGUCAGAUUACAAUCUCCCUUCUCCAAAAUACCUCCUAUAAUUUAAGGCUUUAACCAUUUUCUUCUAAAUUCUUUUGUCUCCCUGCUCAAGUGAUUUUGACAUUAUGUAAGAUGUGGCAACUCACCCAUCAUUGUGAGGCUGCGUUUGGGAUUUUAAAUUUGAAAAUGUGUUCAUGUCCCUAGGAAGUUUUCUGGGUAUGUAGAAACUGCUGGGGUGGUGGUUUUUUUUGGGGGGGGGCGUUGUUUCCAGAGUGAUAGGUGUUCAGCCACCCAAAUUUGCUGUGUUGGAGGGAACUGUAAUCCUAGCAGAGCAGUGACAUAAAAGUAGUAGCUUUUAUUUUGAUAAGGGAAAGGGAGGGAUCAAGCAUACUUCACAUUGCCUGACACAGUGUUCUUCUUUCUAGAUUGGCUUCAUGGCAUCUUGGAAUAAAUUUACUGUAAUACUGUUGUCUUCUACAUAACUAGUAAAUAGGCCAGUCAUACAUACCUGGAAUAAACCCAUUAAACUCAAGGUGACAUACUUCUGAAUAGGCAUACAUAGGAUUAUACUGUUAGGCAGCAAUCCUGUGUAUACAUACAUAUCCUGGAUAUAUAUAGGAAUAAGCCUCAUUGAAUACGUCUGCACCUUUUUUAAAGGAUCCUUUCUUUUUAAGCAUUAGUUUGUAAGUAUCUUGCUGACAUUAUUUUUCAAAUAAAUAAAGGCUUAGUGUUUUAUUGUGUACUAAAAAAGCAGAUAUUUAAGUUGCUUUAAAGAUAGGCCUUCUUGUAUCCAUAAGUAACUUUAGGGGUAGAGUUCAGGAGCUAACCUACAAAAGAAUCUACUGUGACUGAAUCUUGAAGGCAAUGGGAUGAAUAUGUAUGGUUUCAUGUCAAUGUGGUAGGACUUGUUAGUUGUAAAUGGAAACACUAGCCUUAACUCUCUGGAAAACUGCUUUAUGUUGGGUGAAUGACACUGUGCUGUGUGGUCUCAGUUUUUCCAGGCAGCUCUGAGUAGCAGGAGACCAAUGUUAUCUCAUCUACUUUCUUGGGAAACACAUUUGUUGUCCCUGUCCUUUUUCUGAUAAGAGAAAAUAGUAUCUUAGCCUUCCUUUUCUGAAUGGUCACAGGUUUUACUAUUCAUCUCUUUUAUUGUGCUGCUUUUGAACAGACCAACUACAAAUAUUUCUUCCUAUUCUGUCUCCUCCACAAAUGCACAAUUUUAUACACCCCUUUUGUUUUGUGUGUGGAUGAAAACCAGUGUUGUAUAACUAGAUAACGGGUUCAGAGACACAUGACACUUGCUUGAAGCUAGUAAUUUUCCACUUUUUUUGGAAGGUGGCUGAGCUAGAAUCUGUUUUCUGCUUCAAGGUCCCAUGGAAUUGGCCAAAGUUCAUAUUGUGUAGAAGAUACGGUAGAGACCUUGAGAUUCUUGUUCUAGGAAUAGCAGCUGAACAUUUAUCCCCAAACCCUGGAUCGGCAGAGCUGCAAAAUAUGCAUGUAGUCCAAUGCAUAGCAGAGUGAAAGUAACUCAGGGUCAUCCGUCUCAACUAUUUUUGUUACCUAGCUGCUGGGGAAUGCUCUCUGGCAUCAUUUCUCGAGUGGCAUGCUUCUCUCUCCCAUUUUAUCUUGACUACCGAAUACACAUAGCAGCUGUAUUUCACUUGUAUUGAUCAUUACCCUUGACUAUACAGUAUAUAUUUGAGAUAGACAAAGGAGUUGAUAAUACCAAAACAGCAGCAUCAAAGGGAAACAUUGUUUUUUUCAAAUCAUAUUGGCUUGUAAAUAUGUUAAUUGGAUAGUUUCUAACUUUGCUUGGGUGGUGCUGGUCUUUUGAAGCUUGUUUCAGGGAAUUAUUGGAGAAAGCUCCAUUUUGCAGCGUAUUCUCAGAAAACCUUACUUAUUGCAAAUAUUUUUCUGACAACUUGUUCCCAGUCUUUCUUGCAGUCACUUUCUCUCCUUUCUGCUAUCCCAAGCUUUCUUGUCAAGGGAAAGGAGAAGAAGAAAUGGCUGUAGGAAAGACUACCUUGUUCUUGUUUCCCCCUUGCAACAACACCGACUCCCUUUCUUUUUCCUGGUGAGCCUGGGAAGCUUUCUUCCCUCACCCGUUUUCUUUGCCCAAAACUUAACUUUCAGUAGCAGCAAUGGCAGGGAAUGUACAAUAAAGGAAGGGUGGAAUUUGAGCAUCCAUAGGUCCUAAAUGACUUACAAAUAGAUCCCUCCCCCGGCAAUAGAUAUCACUAAGCUAAAAGUGGUAGUUUACUAGGACUUAUUUCUUCAUUUGUAAUAUAUUUAUUACAUUUAUAUUUUAUUAUUUAUUUAUUUCAUAAACGCUUAUUGAUUGCAAAAAAACCCCUCAAAGUGGUAUAUCCUACCUUCCCACUAAGGAGCUCAAGGCUGCUUUCAUGGUUCCCUCUCCCCUCUUAUGAUUUCACAACAACCCUGUGACACAGGUUAGAUUGAGAGCUUAGGUCACCAGUUGAAUCUAGGUCCUUGCAGUCCUAGUCAGACACUCUUGAGCGCUACACCACACUGCCUGGUGGCAUGCAUGCUCUCACUCACUGGAUCAUCACCUUGUUGUGGUGAGUGGGUUUGCACGUUCCUAUGACCCUUGUCAGUGAAGCCAUUGGGAGUCUCGUACUCUCAGCAGGGUCACCCAAGGCGGUAAGGUCAAAGGUGAGGAGCUGGACAAGGAAUGAUCCAAGAAGUCCUCAACUGCAGAACAGGCAGAAGAUAACAAGUGGUAUGUUACAACGGCUGUGAAGGUGGGUGAAGACUGCAACAGAUAAGAAUCUGCCAGUCAUCAUGAUACUCAUGCAUAGUGCCUUACUGCGAAGACUCUGCAUUGGUCAUCAUGCACUGAUCUACACACAUAAAACAAAUUCAUGCACAGGUGUCUUCCAAAAACCCAUCCCAAACCCAAACAAGUCCCAUGGCGAUCGGCAAAUGGUAAUGGGGGCAGGACCGUGAAAUUUGAAAGCCUUUAGUAAUGAACCGGCACAUGGGCAGUGGAUAUAGAUUCAGUUGCUCUGAUUCAAGGAAUGUGGCAGUUGAGUAGCUCGGCAGCUGUAUCCCAUGAUUGAGCAGUCCUAUUUAGGAUCUACCCUGCUCACCCUGAAUAGGGGGAGGGGCUAGAAAACAUAUCCUAAACAUAGUCUGCCUCCCUUUUCCCCUGACCGCAUCCAGUGGGGUCACCACCCUGUGGUCGUAAAAGACAGUUGAACUUUGGAACAUGGAAUAUACGAACUUUGUUGGAUAACACAGAUAAUGAACGUCUUGAACGCAGGACUGCCAUCAUUGCAAGAGAAUUGUGACUUUUUAACAUCGAUAUUGCAGUACUUCAAGAAACUCGAAGAGCAGGUGAGGGACAACUGAAGGAAGAAAAAGGAGGCUACACCUUCUGGAAAGGUCUACCUGAGCAAGAACUUUGAAUACAUGAAGUAGGCUUUGCUAUCAAAAACGAUCUUUUGAAACUCUUGUCAGAAGUCCCUACUGGCAUUAAUGAACAACUUUCAACCCUCCGAAUAAAACUUGCCAAAAACCAACAGGCUACUAUUAUAAGCGCUUAUGCACAAACACUGGAUGCCGAUAAAGACAUUAAAUAAUUUUUUUACUCUUAGCUGGAUACCAUCCUAUCAGAGGCGCCUGAGGUAUCCUCUGGAGUGAUUUUAAUGCAAGAGUUGGGUGAGAUUUUGAUCUGUGGCCUGGGACUAUUGGGAAAGAAGGAAUUGGCAACAACAACCAGAAUGGAGGCUUACUUUUGACUAUGUGCAGUGCACAAUCUUGAUAUUACCGAAACACUCUUUCGACAAAAAAUAAAUUGAAAACAUAUGGAGGCACCCUCAAUCGAAGCACUGGCGCCUCUUAGACUAUGUAAUUGUCUGAGCUGAAGAUCACCGUGAUGUGCUCCUUCCCAGAGCUAUGAUGAGUGCUGAUGAUUGCUGGACAGAUCACCGAUUAAUACAUUCCAUGAUGGCUAUCAAGAUUAUACCUCAACGCAGGCUUCAAGGAAGGAAACCAAGGCGCAAAAUGAACACUCAAGCCCUGCAAGAUCCUAUUAAGCGGGAUUGCUUCCAAAUGACUCCUAAAGACAGUCUGCUUUCGGUGUUCCCUGACGACAUCAAGGAACACUGGAUCAAGCUAAAAACAUCCAUUAUUGCAGCCUGUGAAAAAACUAUUGGGUACCAAACCAAGAAACACCAGGACUGGUUUGAUGAGAAUGAUAGUAAGAUUGAAUGUGUUAUUGACAAGAAAAGGAAGGCCUUUCAGUUCUUGCAAAGAGAGAGAAAUGGUGCUGCUAAGAAAAAAACCUAUGCCAACACUAAGGCUGAGGUUCAAAGAAGAACCAGAGAACUAAAGAACACCUGGUGGAUAAAAAAAAGUUAGAGAGAUCCAGCACUUAGCUGACACUCAUGAUGCAGAGAGUUUCUUUAAAGCCACAAAGACCAUCUAUGGGCCAAUAAAUCAUGGCAUAUGCCCCCUAUGCUCAACAGAUGGUACCACACUUCUAAAAGGUAAAGAAGCUACAGUAUUGCACUGCGCUGGAAAGAACAUUACCAGCAUCUCCUCUCACAAAUUCCGCAAAUAAAAAUAAUCCAUGUUCAUAACACUAUGAAGUUUCAGGGCAAACAGAGUGGUUAUCUCUUCCUUGAUGUUCAUUGUGCUAGUUGUCUGGUGGCAUCUCACUGAUCGCUCGCAGAAAUAGCUCUCAUUUCAUUAAAACUUUAGCCUGAUCCAGGAAAGCAACUCACAUUUUUAUGUCCAUGUAAACUAACCAAUAGAUGAAUACUCCUCUCAUAGAUCCAGCAAUAGCUUGGUAGUUUUUUGUUUCAUUUAUGAAUCACUUCCCAAGGAGCAUCCUGAAUCGAUUCAACACAUAAUAACACACCUUUAAAACAAUUACAUUUUUUUUUAAAAAAAUGAUUAAUAUAGUUUAAAGCAACAGCACACACAUAAAAUCAAUUUAGUUCCAAAGACAGAUACCAAAUGCUAUAUGUAUUUUAAAAGGUUUGUUGAAAGAGGAACAUCUAUAGCACAUUCUGGAAAAAACAUACAGAAGGCUUCUGAUAUCCAGUGGGAGGGAGUUCCGAAGGGUAGUUGCCACCAUACUAAACUGCUUAGAGAGGAAGCAAGGCAGUGAGCGGUACUCAGUUGGCAGAUAAUGUAUUGAAAUAUUACGUAGUUGUCAAUGGGUGAAAUGCAAAUAUUUUGCACCAGGUCCUAUAGGUGUAAUUUAGAUGUGUUGACAUCUUAAACUGUGCACAGUAGUGGACUGGCAACCAGAAUAUAUAUAUUUUGGUACUAGCAAAAUGUGUGUAUUUGGCCUGAAAUGCCUACACUCAGCCUUGUUGCUGCAUUCUGUGGUGGUUGCAGCUUCCAAACAAUCUGAAAGGGAAGCCCCACUUUCAGAAGCUCAUAUAUUUUAGAGCUGCUUUGAGUGUUACACAAAACAUGGGAAGGAGAGCUAAUAUAAGAGUAGUUUGUAUGUUUCAACUCUACAAUUCCAUGAUUCUGUAAUUCUUUGAUUUCUUUUCACUUGAUACACAAAAUACAUAAAAUGGAGGCACAGGUUGAUGACUACUCUCCCUUCAUUUUUGUAUACUCAUUAAUUUUUUAAAUAAACUAUCUGUCCCACUCACAGUAAUUAGCCCUGAACCUGGCUGAUUAUUGACAGGCUAAAUAAUGGAGACAAUGUGUAUGCACGUACAUAGAUUGUAAAGCACUCUGUAAAAGAGCUGUAAAGCAGAGAAUAGGAUGAAGUGAAUCCAAUGACUCUUUUUAUGCAUAAAUGCAUAACUGAUCUUUUAAGUUUCAGCUCUGCAAACUGACCUUGAAAUGUGGGAGUUAAGCUUGUUUCCUGAGAUACUCUUACUCAUAAUGAGUUCUGUUGCCUGUUUCAAAGGUUUUGUUAGAUGCAAGAAAAGGUAUAAAGAACUGGGAAAGGGAACUUACUAUUUUGUUUUCUUCAUUUGGUAUUGCUCAGGUUCUUUAGCUGUUCAGCUAGCACAGUUCAUAUAUUUAUCUGUGCUGGUCACUGAGCUAAGUCAAACCCAAAUAAUAUUAUUAACACUUCAUGUUGUAGAGAUAAUGCUCUGCUAAUGCAGUUAAAAUAGCUUAAUGCUAUGUGAUAACAGAAAAUAGGAGCUAUUGAACAUUUUAAACUGACUGCUUAUUAAGAGUCCAACCUAUAAUAAAAAGUAUUUGUGGCUGUAUAUGUAUAGAUUUUGUUUGCAGUACUGCUGGUACCUGUUUGUCUUAAUGACCUUCCAGGUUGAUGCAGAAAAUCACUUGUUGCUUCCUUUGCUAUAUUUCUGGUAACAAGCUUGGUAAAUAAACAGUCCAGGUAGGAAAAAAGAAUCUUUCAAUACAGAGUCCCCCAUGUUCUGUUAAGAGUAGACACUUUAGUCCCAUUUUAGGCACCUGGCUGUCUGACUAAUUCGUACAGAAAUAACAUUUGUUUUCUUUAAGAGCUCUGUUGAACGCUUUCAGUUUUUGUGUGCAGAUCUUAUUUUGGGAAACUUCAUUUUAGAAAAACAUGUAGCUGAAGUACAAAAUGCUGGGCAGUAAACAUAUGUAUAUAUGUGUAAAAUAUGUUUAGUUCUUUGUACCAAAUGAUUCUAGUUCCUUGUAGCUCAGACAGAAAGCAGUGCAUUCUGUGUUGUUGAAACUAGCAGCUUCAGUUCUUCUGAUAUGGUCCAUUCAUGAGGCUGUACCACCAGAGAGCGGCAUCAGAAGCUGUCGUUAAACCAGAUUAACCUAUUUGACUACCUAGUCCAAUGUUUCCCACUUUGGCUACAGUGUUUUACAUUGUUCUAGAUUCUCACUUCUUUAAGUAUGGAACAGCCACAUUAGGAUGUCACACUAAACUAGUGUAACAUCAGCAAGCAUAGUUAAAUCUCUGGUUUGUGUCCCCCCUUCACUUCAUCUUCCCUAGUUUGACUGUCAAGAGGAGUGAAAGCUUCCAGAUUCCUCCUUCCAAUCACACUGGGGAGGAGGAAGCAUGAGAGCCCAAGGCUUCCUUACGCUUGUUCAUGCCUAAAGUGGCAUUCAAGUGUGAAGUUUUAUCUAAGUAAGCAGCCUAUAAUUUUGAUCAUUUGGAGGAAAUUUAAUGUAUCAAAACAGAAUUAUAAAUGGAGGGUAAAAAUAGGUCCCGGGCAGGGUUCAAAGGCAAUUCUGAAAUAUUAUUCUGUAUAGAUCACACAAGUAGUUGUUCAUAAAAGCAUCUCAUAGUCAGAACUAGUAAAAUAAUAUUAAAAGGCUGCAUGACGUGGUAUCAUUUACUGUAAUUGAGAGAAUGUCUCUUCACCAGAGGGUAAAUCACAUGAAUGAAGUUGAAAAUGCACAUUGUAAUUCAUUUCUAUUUAUAAACUUGGAAGCUUACUUGAUGCUACUUUGGUGUUGGUGCAAAGACAAGAUAGUUGAAAGGGUUGGUAAAGUGAUACAUCUAGGUCACUGGCAUGAAACGUAAUCUAGAUGAGAGUUUAUUGUUGUCUUUAUGCCUCAAUUAACUAUGCUUGACUGUUCGCCUGUAGACCUAAUGACAGACCUAAUGACAAAAGCCUAGUGCUCCUGUGCUGCUCACAAGCAAGUGUUAUCGCUUUAAAAAUGCAGAAAUUUAAUCUACUUGGUUUUCAUGAGGAGGCAGAUUCCAAUUUGAAGGACACUUGAGCAGCAAAGAGCAUUUGACUGAUAGCAUUCUGCAACCAUUAGGGGACCACAGUUUUUGCCUAGGCUCAAUAUCCAAGCCAAAAAUUGUGGUCACCAGGUUGUUUCCCCGCCUUCUCUACCAGCUUAAUUUAGAUUGCCUUUACCAAGGGAACUAGUCCCCUUUUCUUUCAGGAAAAGGGGCAGGGAGCAGAGAAAGUAUGGCAGCUUUGACCAUUGCUUGGCAGAGGUGCCUGUAGUGAUCUCACCAAGCUGCAGUCAAAGAGCAGGAUCCUUGGCCACACAUUUGCCAAAUAACUUCUAGCCUUCCUCUGAAACUUGAGCUGGGGGAAGCAGCAGGCACAGCUCUUGGGAUGAUUCCCAUCCAUCUUCACAGCUUCAUGCUUGGGAGGGACAGUGGUUGCUUGCCAGCAAGCUAUAGAGCAUUCACCAUGAUGGAAGGUGACAAGUGAAAAACAGAGGUGCCUAUAGUUUCAAUUUGGUUGGCCCUUUCAGCACCAAAGGCCUCAAGGAUUAGAGCAUUCUGAAUUUUAAGAAUAGCAUUGAACAUGCCUCAAAUUAAGGGUGCACAUUUUAUUUUUGUAGCACAAUAUUUGAAUAUGUCCACUGUGCUUUGUUGGCUUUCUAUUUUUGCUUAUUUUCUGGCAGUUUUUCAUGUGCUGCUGUGGUGUAUUUGAACAUAUGCCAAGUUACAGUAGUUUGUUACUAGAAUAACUAGUCCAAGAAACUAAACAUUUACACAGCAGGCAAUUUUCUGCAUUCAUGUGUUGUAGCCUCCACCCCUCCUUCUCUGAGACGCUCUGGCACUCCCCACUCAGCCCUGUACCACUUUUUCAUUCUUAAUAAGAUGUACAGCUAUGAGCUGGGGGUUUUUUUGAUGGGUAUUUCACUCAUUCUUCUUUAUUUCUGCUGCCACCACAGAUAAUAUUUAUCUAAAGACUUCACUUUUGAGAGAGUCAAGUAAAAGACAUUUAGUGUAAUGACAAUUGAUUUGUUAAAGAGAAAUAAUAAACAAAGGUUAUAUGAUUAUUUGAGGCAUAUGAUUUUGUUAUCUUAUUACAGAUGUAAUAACAUCUUAUUGUUAAUUGUUAUCUUAUUACAGUGACAUCAGUUGCUAUUAUAAUGCUUUCCCUAUAGUUCUUAACUAACAAACCCUGCUUCCUAUCCUCCACCAACUUUCACACCCUUUCUCAGCUCCACUCUCCACUCCACUGACUCUCAAGUGUCAUACCCCCAACAUUGAAAACCCCUUUCAAACGCUCAUCCAAUCAUCACUCAUCACCAGCAUUCAAAAGUCUUUCUCUACCCCUCCCUAACACUAUCGUAAUUCUGCUAAUAUAGCACAGUAUAGCAUGCAAAAUCAUAUAGGAAAACACUGGAACAUUGUAUGAUGCAAUUUUAAACAACUGAACUAGAAAGUCUAAUUGUAUAUCUUCGGUAACUUAAAAGAAGGUUGAGAGAAUGCAAUCGACUUCAACUUGAGUUAGAUCUGAUAAUGAAUAUUAGAAGCCUUAGCUAUUCAGCCAUAUUUACAAGAUUAAGCGAAUGAUAGAAAUUAAGUACUGAAUGCUUAUGAAAGGAGCUGUAAACAAAGAACUUUUUUAGAAAGAAUGAGUUGCAAUCUUUAGUUGUUUCAGUACAGAAGCAAUACUGAAAUCCAUAUUAUCAAACAAUUUGCUGAGGAUUUCUUACAGGAAGUGCAUGUCUCUGUUAAAUGUCGUACAUGCAUGCACUGCCUACAAAGCAUAACACAAGGGCAAUACUACACCAAAGCUUUGCUACUUUUGGAAGGAAGUAUUCCUCUGUCAAGAGUCUUGCCACAGUUCCUGGCUAUCUUAUACCAUCUUGUAAAAUUGCUUGAUUGUAGACAUUCCGCAUUCCUUGAUGACUUACUAUUUUUUUCUUCUUCUUUGCAGAUGUGGGGGCACCGUAGGUGCGAUUCUGACAUGUCCACUAGAAGUUGUAAAAACACGGCUGCAGUCUUCCUCUGUUACACUCUACAUCUCUGAAGUUCAGCUGAAUACUGUGAAUGGUGCCAGUGUUAACCGUGUAACUAGAGUUUCCCCAGGGCCUCUCCAUUGCUUAAAGUGAGUACCAACCCUCCUUGAGUUUUCCUGUUUUUAAGUCUGCUGAAAGGUGCCCUUUUGCUAUACAGUGGUACCUCUGGUUACGUACUUAAUUCGUUCCGGAGGUCUGUUCUUAACCUGAAACUGUUCUUAACCUGAAGCACCACUUUAACUAAUGGGGCCUCCUGCUGCUGCCGCGCCCCCGGAGCACGAUUUCUGUUCUCAUCCUGAAGCAAAGUUCUUAACCUGAGGUACUAUUUCUGGGUUAGCGGAGUCUGUAACCUGAAGCGUAUGUAACCCGAGCUAUCACUGUAUACCCUUAUGCCCCUUGAAAAGAAAAAAUUAUAUAAGGAAAAAUUCAAAUAAGACAUGCUGGAGAUGCACUUCAUCUGCUGUAGGUAGUCUUCCUUGGCUUCUCCUUACUCCUCUGACUUGCAGUGUGAGGUUCUGCAGGAUUUUGAUAUUACUGUAAAAAUGUGACUGUCUUGGUUAUAUGGUAAACCAGAGUACUGUACACAGUAUCCUAUGUUCAUUUAUUUAUUUGCUUUAUAUCCCACCCUUCUUCCCAGAGAAAGGAGCCCAGAGCAGCAGACACAGCAGUCACAAAAUAUAUUUUUUAAAUACUAAAAACAAUUUUAAAACAUUCUAAAAAACAGUUUGAAACAUUCUCAACCAGUUAUCUCAGGGUUGCCAAGAACAAUGUCUUUCAGCCAUAACAUGCCUAGGUAAACAGGAAUGUUUUUAAAUUUCUCUUGAAAGCCAAUAAUGAGGGAGACAGACACAUCUUACUAGGGUGGGCAUGCCACAGAUUCCUGUCAUGGGUCAUCACAAAACAAGCAAUAAAUGACUUUUCUUCUGUUAUCUUUAUGGCACCUUCUUUUGAAGUUGGUUGCUUCUGAGAUUGAGUUUUCAGGUUUUAGAAAGUAAGCUCUAGGUCACGGUUUGUGCACAACCUCCCAUACUUAAGACAAGGUGCAAUCCUAUUUGCAGACAAGAAUGUGCCCUGCCAGCUGAAACCCACCAUUUUGAUCCAUCUUUAAUGGGUACCAAAAACAAAAGUGUCUGAUUACUGUGCUCUGAUAUACUUGUCAUGGAUAAACGGGGUCUUGCCUUCUCCAUUUCUUCUUGCACUGAUAUCUGAUUGUUGACAAUAAUUCAUACUGGAUACCCUGGAAUCUCUGGAUGUUAGCGUUAACUAUUAAUCUAUAUUUCAUUCACACUUUUGAAGGUUAAAUAUUUGCAGAAAUGGUUGUCUUCUGACUAGCAAAUUUAGAUUUCUUGAAGGAAACGAAGUCCUUGAAAUGGAAAAUAAUAAUAAUAGCCUGCUGCACAAUCCUUUGCAUUUUGGCUUUCUGUCCUGAGAUACAAUUGGUCUCUAGAAAGAAUUCUGUAACAAUAUUUCGGAAUUAUAAUUCUAUCUCUUCAGUGUGACAGCUGUCUGGCCAUCAACCCAGUUUAGAGCAUAGCAUGACUGCCUCAUUCCUACAUACAUUCUUGGGUGUUAAGACUACUAUCACCCUCAGAGGAUGAGGGAAGGAGUAAUCCAGGGGAGGGCAUUUUCUGUGACAGCCCCUAAAUUGUGGAAUUCCUUCCCCACAGGUGAGCAUCUGGCACCUUUAAUGUACACUCAGGUCCCACUUAUCAAACACAUGCGUUCCAAGGAGAUUGUUGAUUAGGCGAGCAUUUGCAUAACAAGCUAUUCCAUUGCAAAGCUAGUGUCAUAGUGGUGGGGACUGUGCUGUGUCCCUCCCUCCUUGGUGGGGUAAUUGGUUUAUUCCACCCUUUCCUCGCUUGGUGCCCUCUAUAUGUUUGGGGCUGUAACUUAUCAGGCAGGUGUUGUCUAAAAUGUCUGGAGGGCAUCAGGGGAAAAGUCUGUAAUAUAGGCUGAAAACUGUUUCUCAUGGUAGUUUAAAGAAAUCUGAAGUGGUCUGGCUAUCAGACAGAUGAAAGAUUGCUGCUGAUAAGGUGCGACAACGAACAACCACUGCAUGAAGAACCCAAGUGUUGCUAUUUUUGAAAUAAUAUGUUUAUUAAUUUUUGAGAAUACAGUGUUGUGUUCUUGAGUUUUCUUUGCAGCUUGCAGUUGUAGGAUUUAUAACAUGGAAUGAUUGGGGCAUCUUUCAAUAUGAACUGUGAACAGUUUAUGUUUCUGUAGUUCUUACGUAAGUAGGAUUACAAAUUUAGAUCUGAGUCCAAAGGACAAAACGGUUCUGAUAGAAAAGCGCAGAGAAAUCAUUUGGCAGAAAACCCAUAAAGAAAAAGUAGAUUAAAAUGUAUUUUCAUCAGUAUUUCUCAGACAGUAAGCGACUUGUACAAAGUAGUUGCUUUUACCCAUUUGUUUUUAGCUAAUAGUUGUGUUGAACUAGGAAGUCCUACUUUGGGCAUUCUGUCUUUUCAGCCCCAGCCACCUUAUCCCAUCUACAACAUGGAUAGGUAAUAAUGACCUGUCUUACAGUGUCAUUGUAAGAAGAGGGAUCCAUUGUAAGAAAAGAGGGAUCCAUCCUCCUGUGCUGAGAAUGGGCUGAUGGGUUGUCUUCAAUCAUGCUGCCUUUUCUAAAGUUUUCUAAAAGCAUAAGCAACUGUGGGGUACUGAGCCUUUCAUAAUUCACUCACUUUAAUAAUUAUUUGUGCUUAUGGGACUGAGAAAUGUUAAGGAGUGGCAACUAAAGUGCCUGGAAGGCUGCUGUAUUCCUCAUGGGUUUCCCCCCCCCCAGUUGUAGAAUCAGGAUCUGCACCCUGUGGGAUACUUAAUGGUGGCAUGCCUGCCAAUUUCAACCUGAAUUAAAGUUUGCCUUUUAAGAUUAAGAAAUGGCUUUAAACGUAACAAUGAAAUUAACUACAAUUCCUGCAGUAUCUUUCAUGUAUUGCUUGCUGUACUGUUUGUUGUUGCUGUUGUGCAGUGACAUACUCCAUAGUUAAGAUUGCAAAAUCAUACCUUACAUAAUGAAUCUUAGAUGCAUUGGCAUUCAGGAAUCCAGCUGUGCAACAUACCUCAGACCUCUCAGUGGUGAUUACAAAUGGCACAGUGUAAUUUACAAGCAAAUCCUUUUUGAAACUACAUGCUUCAAACGUGACUUCUGAUCUUGCACUUGGAUAGAAGAAUGAGGCAGAACGAGAUUUUUAUUCUAGUGCAGCCUGCAUAAAUAAACUGAAUCUUUAAACCACUGUGUUGAAAUGAAUGUAGGUACUUGGAUCAGUUCAAACAGUUCCAAGUGAAUGUCUCUUGCAACAUUGUUUGUAGAUUGCUUAGUUUUUUAUGUCAUUAACCUGUAUUUCUGUUUGAACAAGAAGUGCUUUAAAGAAAAUUUGACCUUAUUGGAUACUUUAUCUGUAUUGAUAAGCAUAAUAUGGUGCAUAUUGCAACAUGCUGAUUAGAUAACAAGUUUGGCUUUGAACCUAAAGUUACCUGAAUUCAUCCUGAAUUCCUAGUGCCCUUGGAGCACUAUAUUUUAAGGGUUAUAAUUUAAAUACACAAAUGUUAAGUGCCGUGUCUUGUUCCUUGAUACCUGUAUCGUCUAACUCUUCUCAUCCAGCUUUAAACAAAUUCUGUGCUGACUUAUUAGGAAAUGUGAUUUCUCUUUAAAGGCAUUUUUUGAUGUGGCCAGUUUUUAUUUUUUAUUUAACAAAAUUUAUAUACAGGCGACUUCCCAUUUACGCGGGGGUUACGUUCUGAACCCCUGCACGUAUCAGUGAAAUUGCGUGAAAUUAAGAGCUGCCUGUCAGCUCAACAAAGCUCUGCUGUUGCACACAGAAGAAGAUUUCCCACACAUCAUUUGAGCUGGUCAAGGAAGCCUCUGCUGUCCCUCUGACUCACCAGGAGACUCUCCCUGGAGCCUAAAGAGGAUGUCCACUUCAGACUCUGGGGAGGGUCUACUUGCCAGCUGGUGGAGCAGUGGGGCUUUGCUGAGGCUCAUCAGGUCUCUCCCCACAAAUAGAAGAAGACACCUUCACCCCAGUAUGGCUCCCCUUUAUCACAUACACAGCCCAACAAGACAACGACAAAAAUCCACCAACAGCAUACAAAUCAAUAUGGCUAACCUGAUCCAAAACACCCACCCACCCCACUCGCAUGAAAACAAAGACCACCACAGCCAACCACAAAUGAACAACCACACCCUAGGCCAACCCCAACCUCUCUCACCACCAAAGGAACACAAGCGAACAACAAAAAACCUGCACAAGCAACGCUGACACCAAACCCUACAUAUAGUAAUUAAAAUAGAAACAUCGUCACCCGACCCCACCCCCACCCAUCUUUUCCCCCCUCUUCACCUCUUUCCCCCUUUCCCCCUUUUCUUCCUAAUGCCUCAACAAAUGAAACUGAUUUGUAAAAAUGUUACAUGGUGGGGGGGGGGGAUACGAGAGAGACAUUGCAAACACUUUUGUAAAUCAAGAAACUCUUUAAUAAAAAAAUAAUAUAAAAAAAUCAGAUCUCUCCCCCCACUUCUGUGUCUCUGGGGCUACAUGUGAACUAAAUGAUGGUGGGUGGGUAGGUUUUUUAAAAUUAAAAAAAAUAAUCCUCUAAGUACCUUGCAGUUAUAAUAAUAGUUAAAAACAGGUAUUAAAAAUAAUCAAAAAAUAUUCAUAAGAAACAGGAGCUUGCCCUGUUCUCUGUAAAAAGGUCAUGCCUCAGGGCAACCAAGGGAGACGAAUUCCAAUGGCCGGGCCUUAGCCAGACUAGAACACGUCUAACUAAUAUGUGUCAUCCAGGAAUAGUUGGAGCUGCCCCAGCUCUCAGCAACUGCAAAUUUAAAUUAUUCUUGUAUCCCACCUUUCCUCUAGUUAGGAGCACAGGGCAGUCAGCAACACAAAAUUAAACAAGUGUGCAAGAAUAAAAUCACCAGGACCAUUCGAUCAUAAAAGCACAUUAAAAUAAGCAGUAACAUUAUGUGCUGUAGUUUUAGCCCUGGUUCCCUGCAUGCGAGUAAUUGUAGGGUAGACUCGAGAACAGUUGUCAGCAUUCUCCGACUGUGGGCCAGGGGCCACCAGUGGGCCUCAAGACCACAGUAUCCUGUGGUUGGACAGAUGCUAACAGCAGCUGCUCUCUGCAUGCACAGUGCAUACAUAGGAAUGGUUGUUGCUUAAGGAGCGAGGCUGCAGCAAUGCAGCAUGCAAUUUAGGAAAAAAGAAGUGAAUGGUGUGGCUGGGGGUGAGAGUGGAGGAAAAAACUAUGGAAGGUGGUGGUGGGGAGUACUUGCUCACAGUAGUUCAGAACUCUUUGUAGACAAGGUCCCCAGUCAGACAGGGGUGGGAUGAUGUAAUGCGUGGAAGUUGUGCUGGGCUGGGAUCCUGUCUACAAAGAGUCCUGCAAUGAGCAUGGGAUUUGCUUAAAAAAAGGAAAGUGUACAAAAUUACAAAAGAGCCCCCAACAUUUGUUUAGUUUCUAUGGUGUAGAAAAGUGCUGUGUAUAUAUAUGCCUGUUGGUAUAUGUUUAGUGCUUCGAAAUAAAGUUAUUUGAUUCAAUAUAACUUCAGUAUUCCUAAAUAUGUAUUUUAUUACAUGUGUGCUUCUUUUGCAGGAUGAUUUUACAGAAGGAAGGCCCUCGCUCACUUUUCCGGGGAUUGGGUCCUAAUUUGGUAGGCGUGGCUCCAUCCAGGUAAAAUGAACAAAUGUUAUCAUAGCUUAUUUAGGAUUAGGUGAUGGGCAGAGUUUUCCAAAGUAAUUAUGUUAUCACACAAAUAAAUCUUCUAAUACUUUUCCUUCUUUUGAAGCCACUGGGCAACAUUUUUGUGGGGUCAGCAAAUGAUUUGUCUCCAGAUUUUGCUGGGGGAGGCGAUUCCUGCCAUUUCCUUCCCCACCAGCCUCCAGGCAAUAUGUUUAUUGGACCAACAACAUUUUCACAAAAUAAGCAUGCUUUUUGAGUUGAAACUUGCACCAUGGUUGUCAAAUGUAUUUUUUUUUUUUUAUGAUCAAUUUUAACUUUGUGGUGUUGUUCCCCCAAAGCAUAAAGGGUAUUAUAUACCAUUUUUGCCAAAGAAAGACCGGCAGAGCAAUGUUAACAUUGGGCUUGGAGGACCAGUGCAUCAAAUUUGCAUUCAAAACCCUGUGAGUUUGCACUGACCAGAAGCAGAAGUGCAGGGCAGUGCUUCCUUCCAUAUUGCUAUGCCUGUGCUGGUGGCUGAGUGACCUGAGUUCUGGGUCCAUUGGAGGAUCCAUGGGGAUUUGAAUCCAAAGCCACUAGUGCUUGUCACCUGAAUCUCCCCAUUUCAGGGCUUUCCACUUACUAUCACCAGUGAUAGCUUCCCACAUGUUAGGCUGCAGCUGUGAUCUCUGCCAUGGUGAAGCCCAUCACCACUCUUCCUCCUCUGCUGGUGGAGGCCAGCAGAGCAGCACCUAGUUGGCAUCCUACCCCCCACUUCUCCCCAGCAGUCAGCAAUACAGAGCUAGGAUUACACUGUGAAACUGAUGUGAUUUCAUUUGGAGGUCGACAACAAGUCCUAGAGGUUUUCUGUUUUUUAUGCUGUACAAAAUACUCAAGUGAAACAGAAGAAUAGACUUAAUGCAGAUAAUUUGUUGCUUUGUUUCUGUAGAAGACAAUAAAUGUAUGGAAUGAGCGAUGGAAAAAAAUCAUUAGAUUGUAAUGUCAAAAGUGGUGGAGGCAUAUGCCAAGAAACAGCUGCUCUGUGCAUGAGUCACAGUGGCUGCAUGCCCAGUUUUGGAUGCGCACUAAGACGCAGUGAUCUGUUUCCUCUGAAUUCACUCCAGCCACCUUUUGUACGAAAUAAAGAUUUGAUUCUGGCAGAUCCAACUUUCAGCCCACUCUCACUUGGUUGCUGGGAAGCACUUUAGACGUCAUGGAUGUAUUCAGACAUGAUAUUAUUAUUAUAGGUAGUUUUUUUGCUUUGUGUGCAACAUUUUGCUUUUGCAGUACUGUAUCAUUUCCAUUUUGGAUAUUGCUCUUCUUAAAAGUUUCCAUAAUGCUAAAUAUUGUUUGCUUUUGUUCUGCUGUAAGCUGUUGCCACGUAGGCAAGUAAUUGUAGUUGUUUGGUAAGCAGAGGGAAGAAGGACCAUUUGUAUAUUCUUAAAACAAAGUGUAGAUUACAAUAGUGGGCUAAUACAGCAGUCCCAGGCAUCUUGUGUAAAAAAAUCACUGUGGCUGAUUUAAUGGAAUUGUGUCUACAAAAUAACACUGUAAAAACUUUUUUUUGUCUUGUUCCUCAUUCAGAAAUCGCAGCUGUAUCGGAUUCCUUCACAGCCAUUCUCUUUGCUUCUUAAUAUUAAAACCCUGACUUUAGGGUUGGAAUUCAGCCAAAGUUAAUUUCUGGCUGGUUAGUGCUUCAUAUAAAUCACAUUUAUUGUGCAAAAUAACAGACAAUACAAACCACAGCAAUAUAAAAAUGAAAUAGGUUUCUGUCUUGAUGAUAGAUCCUAGUUUUGCAACCUCCACUCCUUACUAAAAGUUUCUGCUGAAAUAGCAUUUUUCUUCUGACCUAGCCCUUUUCUAUUUCAUAAAUAUUUGGGAGUGCUGUUGUGCACAGUAUUUUUUAAUGUUGUGGUCCAUAAAUUUGUGUCUGUAAUGUGAGUCCAGCAUUAGAGCUGGAAGAGGCUUGAAGGUGAACGCUUCAUUUUUCCUCACCCACCAGAUGCUUUCCUUUUAAACUUGUCAAUAAGAGAUUAUUCUGUAGAAGCCAUCUUGCAUUAAUUUGCCAGGAAAGUGGGCAAAAAUAAGGUGCAUCACAUAAGAUGAGACUAGUAUUCUAAUAAUCUUAAAUACAAUAGUUUGGUGUAUAGCUCCUUAAGCCAUAGAAAGGUGCAGGCAGUCUUGUGUAUUUUGUGUCUCAGAUUAGCCUCAGGAAAUAACCUGUUUCUCUCUCUUUCUCAUUAAAAUGUGGCUAUGGACUUUACCCAAUUUUCAUGCUAGGCUUGCCCAUUUGCUAAUGUAUUCUCAGGCUUAUGAAUGAACAUAGCACACUUUUUCCAGUCAUCAACCAUAGACAAAUACUUUUUUGUUUCAUUUAAACAUCCACUAAGUAGCUUUAACAGCUUCUCUCUGUUUGAAUAAGCUUGUUUCUUAACAUGUAUAGCAUACACCAUUGAUUAUGGAUUCCAUUUUGUUCAUUACAUCACGUAAAACAACCACUUUAUCAGGUCCUUGUGAAAGGCCACAUGUUUGAGGAGCUAAUGAUGUUAACUUAAUGUUCUGUUUCAUGAAGACUUAGAGGCUGUUCAUAUAGCAACCUCAGCUAUAUGAGAUUGUAUGUGGGGUUUUUUUUUUAAUAACAUGCAAAAUGUUACUACCAUUCAAAGGUCAAUGUACAUCAGUUAAAUUUUAGAGUAUUACAGAAGUAUUCCUUUGUGUGUGCUUAAUUACUAUUUGUAGAUUAAAUAUGUUUUAAGGGACUUAGGUAAUAUAGAAUAGCACAAAUUUGAAACAAAGCUGUUAAAAUAAUAUAUAUAAUAAAAGAUUGUAGAAAAUUCUCUCCUGCCCCCUUGUGGCAAGAUUAUCUAUGUUGCAAAAAGUUGAUUAUAUGAUUUAUUUAUUUUUGCAACAAAUAUGUAUUUACUAGGGUAGUUUGUUAUCUGCUUUAAACAUUUAAAACUAAAUAUAUAUACUUGCCUAUCAGGCACUUUAAAAUAUCUCAACAUGAAAAUGAAGUGAAGCGCUAGUUUUUGUGCUGGAUCUAAAUAGCUUCUUCAGAAAAUGGCUUGCAGCGGUUCUCAACCUGUGGGUCCCCAGAUGUUGUUGGACUACAACUCCCAUCAUCCCUGAUCUCUGGCCUUGCUAGCUAGGGGUGAUGGUAGUUGUAGUUCAACAACAUCUGGGGACCCACAGGUUGAGAAAGGAAGGGCUUGGGAGUGCUCUGUGUCAAUUUUAAGUCCCUUUGUAAAAAAGUGGACCACUUUUUAAAAAACGCUGGAUUUUUUAAAAAUCCUAGCUCAAGUGUUAAAGAACUUUUUACUACUUAGUUCUAAUUAGUUAAUUAAUUAAAUUUGUAUACGGGCCUUCAUCUGAAGAUCACAGGGUGGUUCACAAAAUAAAAAUACAAAAUUGUAUUCACCAGCUGUGUUAGCAAGUAUACUGUGUGCUCCUACUACAUGUAGCUGUUGCCUGGUCAACUUUCUUUGUCUUCAGUGACUCUGGAGAGAGAAAUUGUGAUAGUAGGUGAUCCAUAACGCUUUUGAACAUCCAAAACAUUUCAUUGCUUGUGUUAACUUGCAGCUGUAAGCAAGCCCCCCUUCUGGGUGUCUAUUGUUUUGUUUAGAAGAAUAUUUUUUCCCUAUCUUGCAGCUAUGUGUCUGCAUUUCUAAAUGCAGGGUUUCUCCGUCCUCCACCAGUCGCGGACUGUGGGCCGGGGGGAAGGGGUGGCAUUAUUAAUCCGGGAAGAUUGUCCUUUCAGGGCUCUACCAUCACCAUCGAUCCCCGGCAUUGAAUAUGUUGGCCUAGUGUGGGGCUCCGAGGAGAGCUUGGCUGUCUGGCUGGUGUGCUGGCCACCUAGCGCACCAGCAGCCACCCUGUCAGGCCUAUUGGAGGCAGUGGCCGGCUGGGCCUUGGAGUUCCCUAACCUAUUGGUAUUGGGGGACUUCAACAUCCAUGAUGAUGCCACUCCCUCCUCACAGGCUCUGGACCUGGUGUCUUCCAUGGCGACACUAGGGCUCUCCCAGUUUGUUUUGGGCCCCACACAUCAAGCAGGCCACACGCUGGAUUUGAUCUUUGGCGUAGGUAUGAAGGUGCCAUGGUCUGAUCACUACGCUCUGAAAGCCAGGAUUGACUUUCCACCCCCACCCUGCUUAGGUGGCGAGCCGAUUUGGGCUCGCCUGCAGAGGCUGAUGGACCCUGAUAGAUUCUGCCAAGCUUUGCGGGACCUUGCUCCCCCUGGCGAGUCAUUGACUGAGCUUGUUGAGGGCUGGAAUACCCAGCUCCUGGCAGCCAUCGAUGAGAUUGCACCUAAGCGCCCUCUGCGACCCCGCAGAAACCGGGCUCCCUGGUUUACUGAGGAGCUCCGGAAAAUGAAACGGGACCUCAGACGGCUAGAGCGAGUAUGGCGGGGUGCCCGUGAAGGAGCCUCAAGAACAUCUUAUAGGGCUUUUAUGAAAACCUACGAGAUGGCGGUGAAGGCUGCUAAGCAGUCUUACUUCUCGGCCUCCAUUGCAUCCGCUAGCUCUCGCCCAGCACAAUUAUUUAGUAUAAUUAGGUCUUUAACGUCCCUUGAGGGACAGCCAAAUUUAAAUAACAAUUUGACACACAGCUGUGAGGCAUUUGCGAGCUUUUUUGCGGAGAAGGUCUUGUUUCUCCGCCAUGACCUCCCUGCCAAUUUGGAUACAAUAAAGGAACUGGAGGCCCCUCGACUGUCCUCGGGUCCAGUAUUGGACCACUUCGACCGGAUAUCCCCAGCCAAUGUGGACAGACUCCUCUGAGCUGGAAAGCCCACCACCUGUCCUCUCAACCCGUACCCAUCUUGGCUGAUUAGAGCGUGUCCAGACGAGGUGCGAACCCUCCUGGGGGAUAUCAAUUUGUCCCUUGGCACGGGGACAUUCCCAGGGGAACUGAAGGAGGCAGUGGUGCGCCCGCUCUUAAAUAAAACAUCAUUAGAUCCUUUAGAUCUAUCCAAUUACCGCCCGGUUUUGAAUCUUUCGUUCCUGGGUAAGGUGAUUGAGAGAGCGGUUGCUGAACAGCUUGGUGGGUUUCUGAAUGAAACAUCGGCUCUGGAUCCAUUCCAGUCUGGCUUCCGCGCUGGUCAUGGGACCGAGACGGCUCUGGUUGCCCUAACAGAUGAUCUUCGUAGACAGCUGGAUCGAGGUGGGUCGGGGCUGCUGAUUCUUCUAGAUCUGUCAGCAGCUUUCGACAUGGUCGAUCACGAACCUCUGGACCACCGCCUUGCCGACGUGGGGGGCUGUGCUCGUUUCUCUCUGGUCGGGGACAGAGGGUGGCGCUUGGGGGGGAAUUGUCAUCGUGCCACUCCUUGGUGUGUGGAGUACCUCAGGGUUCGAUACUCUCCCCGAUGCUUUUCAACAUCUUUAUGCGCCCCCUCGCCCAGCUUGUUCGGAGUUUUUGGCUGGGUUGCCAUCAGUAUGCCGAUGACACCCAACUCUAUCUGUUGAUGGAUGGCCAUCCUGACUCGGCCCCAGACACACUGACCAGAUGUUUGGAAGCUGUGGCUGGAUGGUUACGUGGGAGCUGGUUGAAGCUAAAUCCUUCGAAGACAGAGGUCCUGUGGCUGGAACGGGACGAUAUGGGAUUGGGGGGGGCAACUCGCAUCUCUUGUGGGGGUGCAAUUAGUCCCAGCACCGUCUGUUAAGAGUUUGGGUGUAAUCUUCUACACCUCCUUUUCCAUGGAGGUGCAGAUUGCAGCUAUAACAAAGGCGGCAUUUUUCCAUCUCCGCCAAGCUAAGCAGUUGGCUCCUUACCUCUCUCGCCCUGACCUAGCCACUGUGAUCCACGCGACGGUCACCUCCAGACUGGAUUAUUGUAACUCGCUCUACGUGGGGCUGCCCUUGAGACUGACCCAGAAACUCCAGCGGGUGCAGAAUGCUGCAGCGAGACUCCUUACGGGGUGUUCGCUGCGAGAUCACAUUCACCUGGUGCUAUACCAGCUGCACUGGCUCCCGGUGGAGUACAGGAUCAGGUUUAAGGUGCUGGUUUUAACCUUUAAAGCCCUAUACGGCCUAGGACCCUCGUACCUACGGGACCGCCUCUCCUGGUAUGCCUCACAGAGAAAAUUACGGUCUUCAAAUAAAAACAUCUUGAAGGUCCCAGGCCACAGAGAAGUUAGGCUGGCCUCAACUAGAGCCAGGGCUUUUUCGGCUGUGGCUCCGAUCUGGUGGAACACUCUGUCACAAGAGACCAGGGCCCUGCGGGACUUGACAUCUUUCCGCAGCGCCUGCAAGACAGAGCUGUUCCACCAGGCCUUUGGCCAGGGCACAGCCUGACUCCCUCCCUCGGCAAUCUUCGUGGAGCUCUGGCCCAAUGGUUGCCAGUGGCUUGAAUUAAUUAAUUUUAUAAUGAAUGAUUUUAGAGUGCUGUUUAUGCUGUACUUUUGUACUGUUUUAUUGUUGUUAGCCGCCCUGAGCCCGGCUUCGGCUGGGGAGGGCGGGAAAUAAAUAAAAUUUAUUAUUAUUAUUAUAUUAUUAAAUCUCUUUUCUUUUUUGUAAAUAUAAAACUGUAUUGAAAUGAUUUCAUAAUACAGUGGUACCUUGGUUGUCAAACUUAAUCCAUUCCAGGAGUCCGUUCGACUUCUGGAACCGUUCACAAACCAAGGCACGGCUUCCGAUUGGCUGCAGGAGCUUCCUGCAAUCAAGCGGAAGCUGCGUCAGAUAUUCGGCUUCCAAAGAACGUUGAAAAACGGAAGACUUACUUUGGGUUUUCUGCGUUUGGGAGCCAAAACGUACGAGUACCAACGCGUUCGAGAACCAAGGUACGAAUGUAUGGCAGCAUCUCAAUACAGUGGUACCUCUGGUUACAAACGCUUCAGGUUAUGAGCCCCGCUAACCCAGAAGUAGCUGCUCCUGGUUGCAAACUUUUGCCACAGGAUGCGAACGGAAAUCACAUGCAGCAGGAGGCCCCAUUAGCGAAAGCGCGCCUCAAGAUAAGAGCGGUUUCAGCUUAAGAACGGACCUCCGGAACGAAUUAAGUUCGUAACCAGAGGCACCACUGUAUUGCUCUUGCUUGGUGCUCUUGAAGAAUCCAACAGAGGGUGAAACAUACCAACUUGUCACAGUUCAGACCUCGCCAUUUUGUAAGUCAGAACUUUUUAGGUCUGAGGGAAGGUGGUCAUUGUCUUGUGAUUACAGUACUAUUCUAAAUGGUGUAUUGUUUCCACCCCACCCACCCCUUAACAGCAGGUUCUAGUAAUUCCUAUGAUGCAGAUCUAAGAGGAAUUGGAAGUUCAGAGUGUGGUGGGGUCUUUCUGCAGAACAUCUGAAAGAACUAGCACUGCUUCCUUUUAUUGCUUUCAAUGGUACAUUUAUAUUUCAAUGGAGAAAGAGACCUAUCUGCUUGGCAUGCACUUCCAUGCAACUAUCAUCACUGUUACUAGUUUUACUACAAAGCUAUAUUGUAUUGAUCCUAUUUAACUUGUUUUCCUUUCAGAGCAAUAUAUUUUGCCGCAUACUCCAAUUGCAAGGAAAUGCUGAAUAAUAUAUUUGAGCCAGAAUCUACCAAGGUACACAUGACCUCAGCUGGAGUAGCAGGUAAGGAUCUGUAACUUUGUGCUUUAAUUAUGUGGAAGGCCUUUUAGUGUUAGCGUGGCUAUGGUGAAUGGGGAACUGCAGAAAUACAGGAAAUGGUUGGUUCGGGGUAUAGCGGCAGAAUGGCUGAGCAGACUAUCUUCUGGUCUUAAAUGCUACGUAUGAAAGUUUAUGGCUUGAGAAUGAAUAGAGAAUUUAUGGUAUAUGAACAGACUUGCUUGCUGUCAUUCCAGAUAGCUAAGUCAUGUGGACUUAAUUUCAGAUUUGCUAAGCAAAUUUUAUAGGAACUAAAGAAGCCAGCAAUGAGACUUCUCCUUGCCCCUUCAUUUUAUUUUGAAACUCCUUCCUGUGUUAAGACAACUGCUCUGACUUUCUGUAAUAAUAUACCAGCAGAUUUUGGUCACCCUCCUAUGCUUGAAAUAUUUAAAAUUUGCUGCAGUAUUAGGUAAUCUGGUCGUCCCCCCCCCCCCCUUUGAUAAGGCAAUAGAAAGCCAGUAAAUAUGUUUUUCCUGUUUUGGAGGUGAAUAAGCCUCUUGGGGAAAGAGAGAAAUAAAAAUGCAAUCCAGCACAAUUCUUUGCAGUACUGCUGACUUCAUGAGCUUUACUCCAGAGUCAUUGUGCAUGGUUUUACAGCCUGUGGGUGCAAUGCCAUACCCUUUUCCCCAAAAGUAGCCCCACCUGAACCAGGGGGAUUUACUGAAUGUUUCAGUUCAUGGCUUAAAUGUAGAUCUUUUUGUGUACUUCCUCUAACAUAACAGCCAUGAUGUGUUUUGUAGAGUUUUUUAUUUCUGUUUCUUUAAAAGAGAAGAAUGAGGCUAAAGUGGGACAUAAUAGUUCUUAAUACUCUAUGACACUUGCAGGGAAUAUGAUAGCUUCUGCUGUGAAUCUUCUCUAUAUAGCAUACAAAUAUUUUUAGAAAUUUUAAGAGUGGCUCACAAAUAGUUCUGAUGAAAGAAAAUUAUAAUGGCCCAAUAAUUCAACCGACCCUGUAGCAUAGGGUUUCUCCCCAGGUGGGCACUGUGGCCCAAAUGUUCUUUUUUAAAAACUUAAAAACGUUAGAUCUAAGAAAUGAAUAGAAAAGAAAACUGUGUUAAGAUAAUUGUCUGGCAUGCUUAGAACUGUACUUCUAAUAUAGUUUAUCUCUUUUUACACUCCACCGAAGGAAUCCAUGGGGAAUGAAAUGGGUUUGGUGGGAGAGGGAUAACUGUGUGAUUGGCUAUUCUUUUGAAACUGCACCUCAAUUAAUUGCUUCAGAGGCUUUGUUAAUAUGAAAGAUUAUUCUGUUACCUGUGUUUUUUUUUCCUCCAGAGAAAUUUCUAAAGAAAUAUUAUUUCUCUUGACAAAAGAGCAGAGCAGAAGAUAAGAAAAUGGAUUAGUAAUCUUAAGAUUAUUUUUUAGUUUAUGCAAUGUAUAUUGCACACAAAAGAUUAUUCAGAACUAACUUUUAAAGGUUCCUUAUCUGUUUUUCGUAAGAGAUGUGCAUCUUUGCCCAGUUAAAUAAAUGUGAAAAUCUGAUUUGUUGGCAGGUUUCAUAUCUACAUACAUGUCCAGUAAUAAUUUCUGUAUUGGUAUUUGAAUUUUUGCUAUUUAAACCCUGGGUUUACGAAACUUAAAUUUUGAAUCUCUUGAGACAUUUCGAUUUUUCUGUUUGUCAUUUCAAGACCUGUACAUAUUUUAUUCUGCUUUUAAAAUGCGAAGCUGCCUCUUUUGCACUUCUGUGGCUUUGAUCUUACCACUUGAAAUUAUUUUGCUCUUGUGCUCAUGCAAUACUGACGGAGCAUUAACGUUCAGCUUUGCAGUUAUGCACCUAAACCACAUGGUUGGUGAAAGAAUGUCCCAUGCAGAUUGGCUCGGAAGGUAGCUAUUUUUUUCCUCUUGAACUAGCAUAGCUUUAGGAUGCUAGAAAUCCCAUAGACUCCAUUUUAAAACCUCCGCUAAAGAUGCAUAAAAUACUGAUUCAUAGUGUUGGCUGUGUAGCCAUAUAACUAAUAUAAAGGGCCGUUAACAUAGCUUAUGAGAAAAAAUGCUAACCUUGUCACUUUUCUAAUUGCUUCUUAAAACUUUCAUUGAGCGCACUACAUUAUGCUAUUAACAAUUGUUCCCACAAGGUCUAUUUUGGCUUAAAAUUCAAAGUUGCUUGAACAAUUAAGAAGUAUGAGGCUUUUUUAUGUCUUGGCUUCUCAAAAAAAAAUUAUUUUAUUGAAACCUUGUUUAUAGAUGUUUUUAUUGCUUUCAUAUCACUAGCAAUUGUAAAUAUAUAUACCAUUUGAUUUGAGUCACUUGACACCAAAACAGUCUCAAAACUACACACUCAAAAUAUUGCUAUACUCUGUUUCGGUUGUGAACUAUUUUUUAAAUUAGCUUUUAUUUGAAACCUUGUAGACAGUAUUCCUUUUUAAAUUUCUAAAAAUACAACAAUCUUUCAAGUCUGAAAUGUUUAAAAUUCAUGCUAUUCUGUACCUAGUCUUUAUUGUACUUUUACUGUCUAACGAAGGAGAAGCAUUUUUGUCAGACAUUUUUUCACAACCCUUAUUGGAGUUGCUUAUCAUCCUUCAUUCUGGAAUGUAUUCGGGGUUAAGUUAGACAAGUAUACAGGGCCACUUGCAUUCAGCGAUAGAAUUGCUGCAGAACCCAGGGGAUCCUUAGCCAGCCAGACUGCCAUCAUGCUCCCAUUCCACCCUCAAUAUGUUGCCUAAUGAGUUCAGUCAACAAAAUGCCUUAUUUUUUAAGCUCCAUUUGCUUUGCUGAAUAGAAAUAGCAAAAAUAAACUGUAGUCUAAGAAUGUAAAGAAAGCCUAAUUGGAUUUUUCCCCCUCUGCAAACUAUACUUGAACAGGGAAAUUAACAGAACUCCUCAAAGAUAUUUAGUUGCCUCAGUUACAAAAAAAGCUAGCUCCAAAAUGAGUCUAUCAUCUCAGUCUAAAGCCUUGCAUACAUUCCAGUGUGCAUACAGAAUGUCAGGAAGCUAGCCAGCAAUAAAUCACAAGGAGUACGUGAAGUUAACUAUUAGCAGAAACAAAGCCUGCUCAGAGGAACCAGGUCUAAUUAGCACAGCAACUCUUCCUGGUAAAUCUUGUCCCUAUGAGGCAGUUGUGGGGACUGAAGAUCCCCACCUUUCCGUAGCUGGUUAAGUCUCCUCCUUUCACGAAUCCUUCUGAAGCAAUCUGAGACUCCACCGACAUGUCUGUCUCUGCUCUUCCCUCUUCAUACCACUUUGGGUCCUGUGAGACUAGGGGGAAGGGAGCUUGUCACAGCAGGAGGGGAGACACCCUGGCUUCUUCACCAGUCUGACUCAUCUCUGUCCCUUGGUCUCCAUCUGCUCCUGCUUCAGAUUCUGGACUUCUCUCUGCUAGACUUCCUGCUCACUAAACCCUGUUACCUCUUCAGCUUCCAACAGCACCUUCUCCUAGUCUUCACUCUCUUCUCCCUCUGACCACUCAUCAUCGUCCCACCUGGGCUCUGAGAUGCCUUCUUCCUGGUGCCUCCCACCAUUCCACUGUGUCCAGCCAAUCCAUGACACAGAGUUACAUGAUUCAGUUUAGUAUAAUAUACCCUCUUGAAUGUGCGGAAGCUGGGCAUUUCAUUCUACCUUGUCCUUUGAGGAGGUGGUGCGGUGAGGUAGUGAAUUGUGAAUUUCAGAGUUUCUCACGUAAUGGAGCGCAAUGCUACUUUGGGUUAAAGAGCAGUGACACUUUCUUUUGUGAUUUUGUUGACACUAUACACCCAACUGUUUGAUGGAACAGUUGGAAGCUGUUGUGUUCUAAGGAGCAUUCCUAUUCCAUCAACUACAACAUGCUCUGUAAUCUUUGAUAACUUCAGGGCCUUUACUAUUAAGUCAUUUGCUGUUUUCAUAGAACCAACUGAUAGACAAAGUUUAAAAAGUUGUAUGGAAGAUGUUUUGUCAAGUUACGCUUAGUCCGGCUUUCCGUUAUAGCCCAUUUUGAGCGAAAGAGGGAAGAAAAUGGCUUAAUUGAAUUAUAUGAUCUGUUCUAAUUUUGUCUGUCUUCCCCUUGCUUUAUACUUCCCAAAGACUCAAAAUUAGCUUAAUCUAUAACUUCAAACAUUUGUAAAAUAGGUACAAGUUAUUCAGUUCAGGCAUGUCUCAAAUUUUAAAUUAAACUGGUUUCAACCUGACAUUAAGGCUAGUUUUUUCUGCCCAUUGUGACAAGGUUAGCAUUUUUAUUUGACAUGCGCACAUACACACCCAGCACUUUGGGCUUUUAAAAAGAAGUAUAGGUAAGUAUUUUGCAAGCUAUUAAAUGGUUAAACUGCUGCAGAUGGCAGAAAUUUCAGUACUCAGUGCAUUUUGAAAAACUUUUUUAAAAAAAUACCUGUGGCCUGUACUACCUUUUUUCCUUUUUUAUUGUUCUAAACUUUUUUAAAAAGUUAGAUCUCACAUUUACUAAUUCACAAAUCCUUCCAUUGGGAUUCAGUUUUGUCACAUAUGUCUGAUGAGGUCACUGCUUGUUGUUAUGAUACAGAAAAGCCUGUGUCUAUUUUAGGCAUUUACUGUACAUUUCUCCCGUGAAAAGAGUGAGAUCGUGUCAUCUCAUGCUCCCCAUCCGCAGGUCACUUCCUGCAGAAAUAUGGACUAACUUAAACCUCGUGAGUACUGAACUGAGCGUCUCUUGCAGCCUCUAGCGUAAGAACCACACCUUGGGUUUGUAACCACUCUUAAACAAACAUUGUAAGGGGAAUAUUUUUAUUUGAAUUCCAGUUGUAUACAUUGUUUUAAUACAUCACCCAGCUAUUCCUUCCAGUGCAGCCUGGGGAAAGGUGGAAAAACAGUUUUAUGGACUACUGUUGUGUGUUUAGCCAAGUUGGUGAAAUUACAUUCCUUAUUGACAAUUCGUAGGAUUCCUACCUUUAAUUUAUAUAUUUCUAUUUUAUUUAGGCAAAGUAUUUCAGAACUGCCCUUAAAUAAUAGUACAGUUAACUGUAUGUGUCACCACACUCUUUCCUUUCUAUUUAAAUUUUGUUGGCAUAAUAUGUAUUCACAUGCAUUUAUCAAUACAUUAUCCCUUGCAAACAAAGACAAUGCAGAUGCAUACCUGGGAUCUUAGCUGUUUUAUUUUUAAGCUUGUUUUGCUCCAAAAAUCCUGAGAGAGAGAGAGCGCUCCUUCUUUGGUUAGAGGUUCACAUGAAUUGCUUUUAGAAAUAAACAGCAAACUGAAAUAAGGCCUAUAAUUCCCAUUGCGUACUAGGACUUCUGAGUAACAUAUAAAUAUAUACAUAGGAUUGCAUUGAGCAACUUUUUCUUUUGUUUCAUUUUGUUUUAAUGGAGCCAAAUAAAUGGCCUUAAAUAUUUUGCAUUGAAUUCCAGUAUUUAAAGAUAAUAAUUAACUGAAACAUUAUGCGUUUACACAAACUAAAGGGCUUCUUCCAUUCACAUAAGGGACUCUGAUCCAAUGGAGGCUCCUACUGGAGGAUGGAGAGUGGGAGAAGGUAAUUUUUGCUGAUUCCCCACCUCCUAGCACCACUCCCAUUCUGUUCGGGUAGUUUCCUACCCUCUGGAGCAGAUAUUCAGGGAAAAGAAGGAAUUGGCAAAAAAAACCACUUCACUUUCCUCUGAUCAUGGAAAAUUUGGAUCCAGCCCUAUAGAUAUGCAGCUGGAUCAAAGCUGAAGUCAUAUGUAGUCACUGUUCAAAUGCAUUUUGGUAUGAGACAUUCCUAUGAGCAGCAUUUGAACCCUCAUAAUACCUUCUAAAAUUUAGCCAAGUUUUAAACGUGAUCUGAUGGAUUGAUUCAGCAACUGCCAAAAGAGUAAUCCCUCUUUUGUAGCAUGUGCAUUUGAAUUUGUGAACUUUCCCUCCAGCAGUUUUUUGUGUCUUCUGAGUAUUAUUUCCUCAGUUGGAACAAGGGACAUAAACAUUGUCCAACAUAUGCAGUGUCUUGAUUCUCUUCCUUUUUAGGCUUGUAUAGGUUCCAAAGAUGCUAAGUAUAAACAUGUUUGCUUGCAUUUAUACCCAGGAAUUGAAGUUGGGUUCAUGGAAUGUUGUACCCAGUCUCUUCUCUGCUUCUAUUCCCCUUUAGAUUACCAAUUAGAUUACCAAUUAGAAAUACAUUAAGGCUACAGACCUUUACACACUUACCUGGAAGUUAGCCGCCUUGUACUCAGUGGAGCUUGCUUCUUAGUAGACCUGUGUUUGCAUGUGCUGUAAGCAGUAAACAUCACUGGCAGACAGACCAUUUAGUUAAUUCUCCAUAAAACCAUUUCAUAGUGAUUAAUUUAGGGCAGCUAGGGCACAGUUCCUUUUGUGUCCUGUGUUAUAUCCCGUAUGCAUGGGCAAUGUUUAAACCAAUUCUCCAGGUUUGUUGAUUUGUUUGAACAAGUAUGAAACCAAAAAAAACCUCCCACCAUUAAUGCACUUAUGCAGUAUUUCUGUGGCUAAAAGCCAAAGAUGAUACCUGUGUUUAGGAAGAACAAUGACUUGGGGGAUGCAAACAUUAAAACAAGCUUAACAUUAGCUAGGCAUAUUGCCAUUUAGCCAGACAAUAUUAUUUACCAGUUCUGCUUCUGUGCAAGUAAUUAAAGUGUGCUUUUUGUGACAUGAAGUAAGAGAAAGUUUUGUAACGUUAACUAAACCUUAAAACAGUUAAGAUCCUUUGGCAGUUCUUUUUUUAACCUUUUCAGUCACUUAUGUGCAAGUUUUCCCCCCAUGUGAAUAUCAAUAGAGAUUGUCCGGGGGGGGGGGGGGCAGGAAACUGGUUUGCAAACAUUCCUUUUUGUGUAGUUCACUAGCAGGCUUUUCCAUUCUAUUUUGAAAUGUGCAUGGGAGAUGCACUGCACAAGGUGCUCCUGAACACUCACUUCUGCAAGAGGAGAGCAGGAUUUGCAUGGUUAGAGGAAUGAUUUGCUUGUCAUUCCAGUUGAAUAAAUAGUAAUAAAUUGGGUACUUUGAGCACAACAAAUUCCCAACCUCCCUUCUACAGACAUUUUACCUGAUAUGCAAUGCAUUUUAUAUUAUAACUGUACAGUUCUCAAAAGCUGCCCUCCUGUACUGCUUUUCUAUUCUUUAUGGUAGUGUAGUGUAGGAUGUUAUUUACAAGUUGCAAAACAAUCACACUAUUGGCUGUUAAUCCCGUUUAGAUUUUGAGUAGCUGCUUUCCUUUCACAACUCAUUUUUGUAUGUUUGUACAAGUAUUCCUGGGACCAACCAAAAAUCCUUGCUUUUACUGCUAGUGGAACUCACUGGCACAAUUAAUACAACAUCCUGCUAAAUUAUACUGUAUAAACUAUACUAUGUUGAUGUACAGUAAUGUGUCUCUAAGCUGUACGACAUUAAGUAGUUAACGUGUUUUUAUGAUCUGAUUUGUUUUAUAAAUUAAAUUUGCAGAGAACAUUUUAGACUCUUCUGGCAUGCUUUAGUUUCACUGCAGUUUGCUUUUGUUUGGAGUGCAUUUAAAUUCAGUUAGCCUAGUCUCACUCUGGCUGUUUGAAAGGUGUCAAAAAGGGAUUUGUAUGAAUAAAUGGGCACAAAUUGGGUUCUAGAUGUACUUACGGCUAGUUACUAAGAAGAAUAAAGAGGCUUUAUUUUACUUUAUUGAAAUCUUGCAAAAACAAAUAUUGGCUAUGUGGACUGGAAAAAAACAAUAAAAUGUCAAGAUGCCUACUUUUGGUUUUUAACCAUUAGCAUAGCACAAGUCAGUUUGUAUCAACUUGUAUCUUUAUUCAUGUUUUAGCUUUGCUGUUUUUCAUUAUGUUUGCAAAACUAAUCUUUCUUUUUUAAUAUUUAUUUAGGUUUCACUGCAAUCACCGCAACCAAUCCAAUUUGGCUAAUAAAGACACGAUUACAACUUGAUGCAAGGUAUUGAACUCUUUUAAAAAAUGUAAAUAUUGUCCCCAAUGCUAUUUGAUAUCUAUAUGCAGUUGCUGGGUGUGAGGUAUCGUCAGUACCUCUUAUGUUUUCUGUAACAUCUGAAUCAGUAUAACCUGAAAACUGUUUCAGUAGAUCUGGGUUAGUUUUAGAUAUCAUUUCAGUAUUCAUAUGAAAGAUGUAUGUUUUCUGUAGCUUGCAAGUAGAAUCAUGAAAUGAAAUAAUGAAAUGGGAAACCUUACAAAUAUGGUGAGUGGUGUCUGCAUCUGGCAAAAUAUAAUAAAGCUCUUCUGAGUGUUGAAUUUCUCCCCCCUCUUUCAGGAAUCGUGGAGAAAAACGGAUGAGCGCUUUUGAAUGUGUGCGCAGGGUUUAUCAGACAGAUGGAAUUAAAGGCUUUUACCGAGGAAUGUCUGCGAGCUAUGCAGGCAUAUCAGAAACUGUUAUUCACUUUGUUAUUUAUGAGAGUAUUAAGCGAAGACUUUUGGAGUAUAAGUCUGCUUCUGCUAUGGAUGAGGAAGAUGAAACUGUCAAAGAAGCAUCUGACUUUGUUGGCAUGAUGAUGGCUGCAGCUACAUCGAAAACUUGUGCUACAUCCAUAGCCUAUCCACACGGUAAGGGAGGCUUUUCUUAAGCAACCAAAUAUAUUUUUUCCCCGGUGCAAGAGAUAAGUUACUUUUGUUUUGGUAAAUAUUUUGCUAUUUUUAACAAAAGUUUCCCAUUGCCUAACCCAAUACAUUCAUCACAUUUUGCCUUUGAGAACUGUGCACAAGUUUUAGUAUAUUAAUACCCUUUUUUUCUUUUUAGAUACUGCUCUAUUGUCUAAUAAGUUGCUUUUGAGUACUGUUUUGGCUACUACUACUACUACUGCUACUAAUAAUAAUAAUAAUAAAAAUAAUUUUUAUUUAUACCCUGCCCUCCCCAGCCAAGACCGGGCUCAGGGCGGCUAACAACCAAUAAUAAAAACAAGUUGAUUAAAAUACAAUUUAAAAGCAAGAUUAAAAUACAGCAUUAAAACAUUAAGAUGCAGCCUCUUCAUAGGAGGAGAAAGGAAAAAAAGAGGGGGAGGGAAUCAAACUGAUUCUAAGCCAAAGGCCGGGCGGAACAACUCUGUCUUACAGGCCCUGCGGAAAGAAAUCAGAUCCCGCAGGGCCCUGGUCUCAUGAGACAGAGCGUUCCACCAGGCCGGAGCCAGUGUUGAAAAGGCCCUGGCUCUGGUUGAGGCUAAUCUAACUUCCUUAGGGCCUGGGACCUCUAGGGUGUUGCUAUUUAUGGACCUUAAGGUCCUCCAUGGGGCAUACCAGGAGAGGCGGUCCCGUAGGUACGAGGGUCCUACAACAGAUGAAAUAAGAAAUGCAUUGUAGAAGUAGGCAAGUGUUGUAAUCCUUCCAAGAUUGUGGAAAGCUGUCAUCAAGAUAAAAUGUUUUCUCCUUUUCUGAUGCAGAGGUUGUACGAACAAGACUACGAGAAGAAGGAACAAAGUACAGGUCUUUUUUUCAGACACUGUCUUUGCUUGUGCGAGAAGAAGGCUAUAACGCCCUAUACCGUGGCCUAACAACGCAUCUGAUUAGACAGAUUCCAAACACAGCUAUAAUGAUGUCUACAUAUGAAGUGGUAGUCUACUUACUGAAUGGAUAG